AUGAUCGAAGAGGAUCUUUGGAAUUAUUGGUAUCGCUUUGUUUUAGCAGCAGGUCUUGUAUGUGUUCUGCUAGAUGCCUAUUAUCGACGUGCUACCAAGAAGAGUGGUAUUCUACAUAUUCUCUCCAAGAUAGUUAAGACCAAACUGUUCUCAGAUGUCGUUGUUACUAUUGAUCAAGGACAGUUACAAGAGAUUUCAUCAGAAGACCUGGCAAUAAGACAUGGAGAUUACGACUCCCAUGAUGAUUCUCGUAAGAAUGUAGAAAUUGAGAAAGUUUUUGCUCAAGCUGUACAAGUCAUUGGCGAGAAGCUGAAGACAAUUGGUGAAGAAUAUAAAAUUGAAACACUUGUUGGACAAGAAAACCUUAAACAGGGGUCUACGAAUGAGGAUGAAAACGAAGCAACGUUAUUUGUCAACGAACAACAACAAAGAUUUCAAAUCAACAAAGAUAAUGAUGACUCUCGAUAUGAUAGUAUCGCUCGUUUAACUGUAUUACAUGUAUUCGACUUAGAUAUACGUGAUGUUGCUGAAAUAAUAUCUGAACAAAAUGAAAUAGACUGGCCUGACAAACGUAUUAAUAAAUUAUUGAUCAUGACACUUUUACGUAGCGCCGAAAAUGAUAACGAUAAAAAUACGGAAGCGACAUCCGUUGCAAAUAUCACUGAACACAAAAGAAAUGAAUGGACUAUAGACGAUGAUGUGGCUGGUGUGAAUGCAUUACACAAAUUCAAUCUAGCUUUGGUUGAUCUUAGGCGUUACUUUCAUUAUGACAAUGAUCUAUGUCACGUUUUACAAUGUAACUCAAAUACCAGUACAAUACCAAAUAUUAGUUCCUUGAACUCCACAGAUUUUCCGACAUUUUGUAACAAAAAACACUGGAUGAUAAUUGAACGUAAUCAAGAAGCAAAAAAAGCUCUCGAACUCUAUCAUAAUCAUCGCGGUGGCUGGGAAAUAUUUGAUGCUCUUUCGACGAAAUUGGUUCGCUUAGGAUUCGGCAAGAAAGGUACAGGACGAGUUGUUGCUGCAACAGAUGAUAAAAACACUAUUAGAGUUCUUUUACAUGUUGAAAAAGUGUCAAAGAAAUUGAAUGAUCUUGCUGAACGAUUACGAAAAGCUCGUAUAGAUGAUGAUUAUGUUGAAAAUGAUCUUCAAAUAUGGACAAUUAAACUUGAUAAAUGGAAACGUUAUAUUUCUGCUGUUUCUUAUUCGAUUCAUAUUAAUGAGGAUCCAACUAAUGUACUUAUUGCUAAAAUGUAUAUCUCCUCUACAAUACAACAAUUAGACUUCGAAGAACGAUUCGGUGAAGUUUCUGGCGAUAUUAAUAUUGAAGAUAACGGCCGUGUGAUUAAACACGGUACUAGCGAAUGUGGUAAUGCAUACGCACGCAUUAUAGGCGAUUAA